GCCCGCCUGCCUGCCCGCCCCCACCACUUCCUCUUCCCCAUCUCGCUCCCUCCCUCCCUCCUUCCAUCUCCCAUGAAACCCCAAACCCUGGCCGUCGCCGCAGCAGCAAACGCGUAGCCCGCCCGCCUCGCGCCCACGCCCACACCCUCGCCGGCGACACCGGCCCCCCCGAUCCCGCCGACGCGCCCCGAUCCCCCCCGGGAGCCCGCAUCGCCCCGCGGAAGACGAUGAACGGCGCCGCGGCAUCCGAGCGCUCGCCCUUGCCCCUGGCCCAGGCGCCAUCGCCCUCGCCCUCGCCCUCGCCCUCGCCUCCGCUCGAGUGGAGGUUCUCCCAGGUGUUCGGCGAGCGAAGCGCCGGCGAGGAGGUCCAGGACGUUGACAUCAUCUCAGCAAUAGAGUUCAAUAAAUCAGGACAUCAUCUUGCCACCGGGGACAGAGGUGGACGGGUUGUUUUGUUUGAAAGGACAGACGCCAAAGAUCACGCCUGUAGAAAAGAGGCUGAGAAAGCUGAUUAUUCUAUCAGCAUGCAUCCUGAAUUUCGCUACAAAACUGAGUUUCAAAGCCAUGAACCAGAGUUUGAUUACCUUAAGAGCUUGGAAAUUGGAGAGAAGAUUAACCAAAUAAAGUGGUGCCAAGCAGCAAAUGACGCGUUAUUUCUUCUGUCCACAAAUGACAAAACAAUAAAAUUUUGGAAGGUGCAAGAAAAGAAGGUAAAAAAGGUAUCUGAGAUGAAUUUGGACCAUUCAACUGCUCCUGCAAAUGGUAGUCCUGGUGGUGCGGGCUGCCCGAGCGCAUCUCUCUCAAAUGGCGGUGUUUUAAAACCUGGUGGACUUCCUUUGCUUCGCUUGCCUGUGGUACAGGUUACAAGCCAGGAAACAAGUCUUGCUGCAAGUUGCCGAAGAGUAUUCACUCAUGCGCAUGACUACCAUAUAAACUCCAUAUCGAAUAACAGUGAUGGUGAGACGUUUAUAUCAGCAGAUGAUUUGCGGAUAAAUCUGUGGAAUUUAGAAAUCAGCAAUCAAAGUUUUAAUAUUAUUGAUGUUAAGCCUACAAACAUGGAGGAUCUCACUGAGGUGAUAACAUCUGCUGAAUUCCACCCUACUCAUUGCAACACAUUGGCGUAUAGUAGCUCAAAGGGCUCCAUUCGACUUGUUGAUCUGCGGCAAUCAGCGCUUUGCGAUACUCAUUCCCAAAUCUUUGAGCAGCAUGAGGCCCCAGGCUCAAGAUCAUUUUUCACUGAGAUUGUAGCCUCAAUUUCGGACAUAAAGUUUACCAAGGAUGGGAGACAUAUUCUCAGUCGCGACUACAUGACUCUGAAGCUUUGGGAUGUUAAGAUGAAUUCUGGUCCAGUUGCAACAUUCCAGGUUCAUGAGUAUCUAAGGCCUAAGUUAUGUGAUUUAUAUGAAAAUGACUCAAUUUUUGACAAAUUUGAGUGUUGUCAAAGUGGAGAUGGUUUACGGGUAGCAACUGGUUCUUACAGCAAUAUUUUCCGUGUUUUUGGUUGUGGUGCUGGUAGCAAUGAGGCAACAACACUUGAAGCGACUCGGAACCCCACAAGGAGGCAGCUCCAGAAUCCCACAGGGCCUGCCAGAUCUCUAAGUAGUACUCUGACAAGGGCUGUUAGACGAGGUGCAGAAAGCACUGGAAUAGAUGCCAAUGGAAACGCCUAUGACCUGAGCACAAAAUUGCUCCAUUUGGCUUGGCACCCGACCGAAAAUUUAAUUGCCUGUGCUGCAGCCAACAGCUUGUACAUGUACUAUGCAUAAACAAGCGAUAUGAACAAAAAAUAGUUUUUCUUUUUGGUGGUUGCUCCCGGUGAGAAGCAUUUUGACCGUGUUGCGUUGAAGCUGGGACUUGCUGGAGAUGGUGUAUUUUGUGCCAGUCACAUGCAGUUCUUUUCUGAGCCAUAUAGAGCUGUCCAGAGUCCAAGAGGAAGUGACUCGAUCAUUCCCGGGAAGCAGCUUGAUUCUGAUUAAUUUUUUUUGAGGGUCUUCCCCCCAUAGGGUUCAAUUAGAUUUAAAGAUAAGAUUCUUGCUCAACAACAUUUGGGCAUCUGUAGUAGAUGAUGAGAAGGGGAUGUUCUUCCGUUGUAUUUGUGCUGUGGGAUCUUGGACGUGUAGCUUUAGGUUGGGGAUUGAGGCUUCCGAUAAUUUUAUCUUACAUAGCGACAUUUAUUUCUUUAUGUGGGAAAGCUUAUUUAGCUCGUGAAUGUCAGGACAGUGGUUGUACUUAAUGCUAAACCGUAGAAUAGAUCAUGAAUACUCUCUUUUG